AUGAGUGGUCUGAAUCUUACAUGUCAUGCAGUAUCUGUCUCGAAUGUUGUUGGUAUUGUUGGCCCAAGCUAUUCAAGAGAAGCUCAUGUAAUUGCUCCUUUUAGUAAAGUAAUUGGUAUACCUGUUAUAUCACAUUCUGCAACUGACCCUGAUUUAUCUAAUCGAAAUGCUUAUCCUAAUUUUUAUCGUACAGUUGCUUCGGACUUUGUAGUUGCAGCAGCCCUUGCAAAAUUAUUCAUUCGAUAUAAAUGGACAACAUGUACAAUAAUUUAUCAAAAUGAUGCAUUUGGAGCUGGCGGAGCUAAUGCUAUAAGUGAAGCAUUUAAUAAUAGUCGCUUAACAGUCAGCCAAAUGAUUGUAUUUGAUACUGCUACACUUAGUACUCGUGGUGAUUUGAAAAGCCUUUUAAUUAAUGCUCCAACACGAAUGGUUGUUGUAUGGGCUGAUUCACUUUAUACAUCUUUGCUUUUACAAAAGGCUCUUGACUCUAAUAUAGUUGGUCCAUUUUUUACAUGGAUACUAAGUAGCAAUAUUUUAUUAAAUUCUUUCAAUCAAACAUUUUAUAAAAACUUAACUGGAAUGUUUCUGAUUGAACCAGUUGUAGGGUCAUUUUUCAAUGAACCAAUUAAUACAACAUUAUUAGAUGCAGCAUAUAGUAUUUGGCAACAAUAUGAGCCUGAAUCAUUUCCUCGAUCCAUGAAUGUAAAUAAUUAUGCAUUAUUUGCAUUUGAUGCAACAUGGACAUUAAUUCAAUCAUUACAAAAAUUGUGUGCAUCAAAAAUAAAUAUUUCUUCUUCAUAUUUGUCAUUUAUUGGAUCUUCAUACUGUUUUAAUCGUCAUUUCAUUCAUUCUAAGUUAUUGUUAGAUGCAGUUGGUAGAACAGAAUUUCUUGGUGUGUCUGGUCGUAUACGAUUUAGUGAUAAUGUAACAGACAGAAUAACUGGUUUGUAUUGUUCUGCAAAAAAUGUUCAACUUUUAUCGAAUGGUUUGAGUUUUGUGCCUGUAUUAGAAUAUUUUCAUCCUAAUGAUUGGAAAUUACCUAUAAAAGAAAAUGUUAUACUAUGGCCUGGUAAUUCAUUAAUACCACCUACUGAUAAAGCAAUUCUCGAAGGUGUAAAUUUACGAAUAUGUCUUGUUGGAGCAGUUCCAUUUCUAAUGGUUAACGAGAUUAAAGAUGUAUCUGGACAAACUACGAUACAAUACACUGGCUAUUUGCCCGAUCUUAUUAAACUUUUACAUAGUAAAAUGAGAUUUAUUCCAACUAUUGAAUUAGCACCAACAAAUAAAACAUAUUAUGAACUAAUUCAAUCAGUACAUGAUGGUGUUUAUGAUAUGUUGAUAGGUGAUGUGACUGUUACCGCUAAACGAAGAGGAAUAGUCAGCUUUUCCAAUGCUAUAUUUGAUAAUUCUAUGAGUAUUUUAAUGCGAAAAGAAGUCGCUGUACCUAUUGAUCUGUUCUCAUUCUUAAAACCAUUUUCACGUAGUCUCUGGUUUCUAUUCGCAGGUACCUUAAUCUAUGCUGGUAUUUUGAUGUAUAUAAUAGAGAGACAACAUAAUGAGGUAUUACAAAAUCAACCAAUAUUGUCUCAAAUUGCAAGGAGUGUAUGGUAUGCUUUUGGCAAUGUUGUUGGAUAUGGUGUAGAGUUUUCUAUCACUACAGCUGCUGGACGUUUAUUAACUGGUAGUUUAUAUAUCUUAAGUUUGAUAUUAGUAGCAUCAUAUACUGCAAACUUAGCAUCUGAUCUGACAAUAGCAAAAUCAAAAGCUAUUAUUUCUGGAAUUGAUGAUAUUAAAAAUGGAAAAAUACCAUAUAAGCGUAUUGGUAUUUAUCCAGGUUCAUCUCUUGAAGAGUAUUAUUUGAGAGAAAUAUCUAAUGGUGUUCGAAAUUAUUAUUCAGCAGGAUCUCUAGACGAAUUAUAUUCUAGUCUACUUGCAAAUAUUAUUGAUGCAGUUUUUUGGGAUACAGGUACUAUUGAAUAUGCUACAAAUAAUGUAUAUUGUAAUUUAACUUUAAUUGGAAAUGAUUUUGAUAAAAGUGUAUAUGGUAUUGUUACUCCUUAUAACUGGUUAUAUGCACAAGAUUUAGAUGUGAAUAUUCUAGCAUUAAGAGAAGGAGGUGAUCUGGAGAUAUUAAGAAAAAAAUGGUUUGAAUUAAAGACCUGUCCUGACUCAUCUGAAAUAUCGACAGAGAUCGGAAUUGAAGCAACAAGUGGAUUAUUUUUGGUUUUUGGAGUGAUGAGUAUUUUAUCAUUAUUAUUAUUUGCAUGGGGAGAACGACAUAAUAUAAAAAACUAUGUACUUCAAUUGAUAUAUCGAAGGAAAUCUUCAGCCGAAACAAAAGACACUAUGAACAGACGCUUAAGCAAAGCUUCUGCGCAGUCACAAAAUUAUCAAAUAGAGUUACCCGAUAUUUCACAUUUUUAA